AAAAUAGACAGGGCAACUCAAGAAGCCAUUUUGCCCGUGGUGGAAAAACAGCUCAGGGUCUCUGCGGUCCAGGAUUGCGACAGCGCUCAUCCUGUUGACCCAUUACACCCUGACAGACUCGCUUUCUUCAUUCUGACCACGAUCACCAUCACUCUGGAAAUUAGCAUCACUUAUCUUGCACCACCAUUUCAUUUGUUUGUUUGUUUGUUUCACUGCAUUGCUCCUCACAUGAUUAAAGCAUGAAAAAACUGAUGUCUUUAGGCCAGAAACUGUGUCCGGGGUCAGAGGAAGACCUGGAUCUGAAGAAACCGUCUGGAGCCUGCAAUGGCCCAGAGCCGCAGGAGGAGAUGAUGGUCAUGCGGAGGGAGAUCUCGCUCACCAACGGCAUCUGCUUGAUCGUGGGCAACAUGAUUGGCUCGGGCAUUUUCGUGUCGCCCAAGGGAGUGCUGAUAUACAGCGCUUCAUACGGCCUGUCCCUGGUCAUCUGGGCUCUCGGCGGCAUAUUCUCCGUGUUUGGCGCGCUUUGUUACGCAGAACUUGGAACUACCAUUCCGAAGUCUGGCGCGAGUUACGUGUACAUCCUGGAGGCCUUCGGGGGUUUCCUCGCUUUCAUCCGCCUGUGGACAUCCAUCCUGCUGGUGGAGCCAGCCAGUCAGGCGGUCAUCUCGCUCACAUUCGCCAAUUACCUGGUGGAGGCUCUCUAUCCCACCUGUCAGCCGCCGUACGACGCUGUGAGGCUGAUAGCGGCCGCUUGUCUCUGUAUUCUCAUCUUCAUAAACUGUGCUUACGUAAAGUGGGGCACUUUGGUUCAGGAUGUUUUCACAUACGCCAAAAUCAUGUCUCUGCUCCUCGUCAUCACUGUGGGCAUCAUUAAGAUCAUUAACGGAGAAACAAAAAACUUAAAUAAUGCAUUCGAGGGUUCUUCGACUGAGGCGGGCAGCAUUGCUCUGGCUCUUUAUUCAGCGCUGUUCUCCUACUCAGGCUGGGACACGCUCAAUUUUGUUACAGAGGAGAUCAAGAAUCCUGAGAGAAAUCUCCCCAUCGCUAUAGCCGUCUCCAUGCCGAUCGUGACCAUCAUCUACCUGCUGACAAAUGUUGCAUACUACGCAGUUCUGGACAUGCCUUCUUUCAUGGGUAGUGAUGCAGUGGCUGUAACAUUUGGAAAUCAAGUGCUUGGGCCUAUAAAUUGGAUCGUCCCAAUCGCCGUGGCCAUGUCUUGCUAUGGAGGACUCAACGCUUCCAUCAUUGCCGCCUCCAGGUUGUUUUUUGUUGGGGCGAGAGAAGGCCACCUUCCCAUCAGCUUAAGUCUGAUCCACACUGAGCGAUACACUCCUGUACCAGCACUCCUCUUCAAUUGCGUGAUGGGUCUGGUUUUCCUGUGUGUGGAGGACGUGUUUCAACUCAUCAACUACUUCAGCUUCAGUUACUGGCUGUUUGUGGGUCUCUCUGUGGCCGGACUCAUUUACCUGCGCAUCACACAGCCUGACAGACACAGACCUGUCAAGCUCAGCUUGUUUUUCCCAUUCGUCUACUGCCUGUGCAGCGUGUUCCUGGUGAUCGUUCCUCUGUACAGCGACACAAUUAACUCUCUCAUAGGAAUUGGCAUCGCACUGUCCGGAGUGCCUGUUUAUUACCUGUGUGUCUACCUGCCCAAAGAGAAAAGACCGAAAUGGAUUGGGAAACUAAAUGAUUCUGUCACCAAAUACACUCAGAUCAUGUGCUACUGCUGUUUAACUGACUUGGAUGUGGAGUCAGAGAAGUUGGCAGAGCCGAAGACUCAAUAACUGUUUACAUGCCUGGAGCAUGGACUCCAUCUCUGCAACACAAACAAACGAAAAGAGAGAGAAAAUUAUCUGUCAAAAGCAAAAUACCUCAUGGAUUUCUAAAACUUCCAGCAUAUAUCUCAUAGAGAUCUCAGAGAUGACUCUUUUGCUCAGUAAAUAAUGCGUGUGAUUUAUUAUACUGGAGUGCUUCACGACUGAUUUGCUGUUUUUGAUCAUUUCAAGGAUCACUAAUUGCACUGUGAACCAAAAUGAAUCAUGUCCACCGUUCUGUCACGGUCUAAAUAAAGAGCUCUUUGUUUGUCUCUGACCGAAGAGGAUUGAGCCUAAAUAUACUUGGAGUCAUUGGAACUGCUUUUCAGUUUGAUUCCUGGAAGAAGAAAUAAAAAACUUGGCCAGAGAGCUGGAAUUUAACGCCAGACUGGACAUCUCAUCCAGCUACUCUAAUGUAGACUCUUGGGAUUAUCUUGUUAGUUUUUUUGUAAAGCACAUUUCUUUUAUGUCAGAAUCAAUAAAAAAGAACUGAACAAACUUCAUUAUUGAA